CCGGGCGGAAGCGGCGGGGGAAGGCGCGCUCGGGCCCGCCGGAACGGAGCGAGGGAGCGCUGGAGGAAGCUGUGCGCGGCUCUCCUUGCCCGCCCGAGCCCCACGCUGCCCGGGAGUUGCUGGUAUUGUUUUAAGGACCUUGAUGUGAACAUCACAGUGAUAGUUUACCUUGAUCAUCACCAGAACAAACCACAAGAGAUGGAAGACACCGAGCCAUGGUACUCUCAGAAGGUGUAUGCGAGGUACUGGAGGCACUAUGACUUAGCCAUGCGCUGGAUGCGCAGGCACCAGAAAGCCUACAGGAAAGCCAUGGAGUCCUUUUAUCACUUGCCAUGGCAUCCCUGGCAUCCUGCUGCAGCCUCUCCGAGCAGCCGCUACUCAGACUGGGAUGGGAGUGAUCUCCCACGUACCCAAAACUAUUCUUCCAGCUAUAGACCAGAUGUCAGAGUUCCAUAUCCUGGGGUGGCUCAGCAGUACACAGGUGCCUACCAGGAGAGGGAGGAUGCUGAUGAGGACUCCGAAGUGGAAGAGGAUGCUGAAAGGGACUCCGAAAUGGAGAAAGACUCCGAGUCUGAAGGGGAGAUAGAAUAUGACUUGAGUAACAUGGAGAUCACAGAGGAGCUUCGCCAGUUUUUUGCAGAGACGGAGAGGCACCGAGAAGAGCUGCGGAGGCAGCAGCAGCUGGAAGCUGAGGACCCAUACGUGGAGGCUGAUCAAGACCUGCACAGGAGGGUGGAGCGAUCUGUGGAGCCGCCUACAGAAAGACCUGGGGAGAGGCGCAUGGCCGAAAUGAAGAAACUGUAUGGUGCUGAAGCUGCCAAAAUCCAGGCAAUGGAGGCUGCCAUGCAGCUUGUCUUUUAUAGGAACUGUGACAAAAAGCAGCCCAAAUACUGGCCCAUCAUUCCCCUUAAGCUGUGAGGACCUGGACUGUGCUCUGACGUGGCACAGUUCUAUGGGGUCAGGUGCCUCAGGCUGGGCUGCUGAAGGAAUGAACCGCAAAUUUUGGUUUGGGGCUUUGGGGGAGAGUCUGGCACGGACAAUAUGUAUUUCUUUGGCAUUUUUUUCUUUUACAGGGUCUCACUGUCACAGUCCAUUCAACCCACAUACAGUUGUCAGGUAGUAAUAGGAGGGACAAGAAUAUCAAACCCGUCUAAAAUUCAUUGACCGUGCUUGCAAGAAACAUAACAAAGUCCAUACCCAGGGAACUGGGAAAACUUAAAGCAAUGCAGAGAGGAAAAAGACUUCAGGAAUUGUCGCUCUUCCUGUUUGGGAAUUUGAGUGAUCCUAUUUUCUAGUCUUAUUUAAUGUAGUAGUAUUAGGAUCUUGUUUCACACAGCAUAGCUUGAAGUGUUAUGUCUGCUAAUCUUGGAUUUUUUUGAGAACCAGGAGCCCACUGGCCAAGAUACAACUUAUCAAAUUACCAUGGCCCAGACACUGGAAUUCUUUUUCAAAGGUUUUUAAUAAAGCAGGAAGUUUUUCUUCCAGACUGAUACUUGUCUGGCAGGAGUUUGACUCUAAGGCAACAUUAUAUAGAAAAAUGUUUUAAUGAAGGGGUGGGAGGAUCGGGCUGAGGCCUGAUGUGGUCCUGUCUGUUAGAGAUCUGUUUAGCAGAGGAGAAACUUAAGAGGACAGAGCACUAUUGCAGCCAGUGUCUACAGAGAUUUUUGCCAUUCUAAUAAAAAGCAGGAAAGAGCUUGAAGGCUGGAAGUUUUAAAGAAGGUUUAUUAGAAUGGUAGACUGUAUCUGACCAAUGUAUUCAGAGCUGUGGAAACCAAGUAGCCCUGUGGGCUACAUCUUAUUUUAGGUGCAGCUUUCCAAUGGUUAAGUGCAUAGGACGUGCACAGAAUUUAAAACAUUAGCAAGCAGAUGUGUUUCCAUCCAUCUGCAUAGAGAUGUGCCUCUGUGUGUGCUCAUCCAUCUGCACUAGCUGUUUGGUUCUGCUUCUCUCACUCUUUACUUUGGGCCAGUUGUGCUUGCCCAACACCAGGUGGAGUGAGGCACACUGGUGGUUUGUGUAAGAGAGGCCAAACUGGCCCGUCAAAACCAGUGGCUCCUUAGAAAAUGGUACCCUGAACACUUAAAAGGACACUCUGUGAAGCUCUGCUGAUAAAUAUCAUUGUAUACCGAAGGGCAGUAGUUUGUGUUGCAGCAUUUUCAUGCCAGAGCAAAGGAACCAUCUGCUGGUUUAAUGGUGACAUACUCAUCUGCCUUCCUGGCAACAGAGGAAGGUUACAAUGAAAAUUUUAACUUCGUUCGCAUCGACUGAGUGUCCAGAGUUUCUCUGUAGCAUGUGUAGUUUGUAAUGCACCCAGCAGUUGCUGUGCCCUCUGCAGCAGCCAGCUGCAACUAAACAAGUCUGCAGUGCGUUUCGGAAUAUCUUUGCUUUCAGGAGUAGUUACUGUUUUUCCAAAGCAGCAUUUCCAUGCCAGUUCCACCUCUUUCACUUUAGAUGUGACGAGAUGAAGUUAAAUUGAACACUGAAAUUAAAAAGCCUCCAGUUUCCAAGACUUAUUUCUGGUGUGAUUAAUCUGAAAAACUUCAGUGAGACAGGAGAGAGAAAUGGAUUAUAAACAGUCCUGCAUUUGUUUUCACUCUUGUUUUUGAUGGGUUUUGUCAAAAAUUGUGUUCUGUUUGGGUUUCCUUUCAUUGACCAAAUAAACUUUCUUCUUAACACCUUGUAAUUUACUUUUAUUUUUUUUAUAUAAAUAAACUUCUAUACUUAGAAUACCU